AUGAUAGAUCACGAGCUCCAGAAGCUCUGGUUGAUAGACUGGGGACUUGCUGAAUUCUACCAUCCUGGUAAGGAGUACAAUGUUCGUGUAGCUUCAAGUUAUCCUGAAAUAAACCCUUUAAUAUUCAAUCUAUUAGAAUGGAUGAUGAAGUUACAUUCAAUAUUCAUUCAUCUUCUUUUCCAGGUUCUUGGUACUGAUGAACUAAAUGUGUACCUAAACAGGUAUCGGCUAGAGCUCGAUCCACAGCUUGAUGCUCUCGUUGGAAGGCACAGCAGAAAACCAUGGUCUAAAUUCAUUAAUGCUGACAAUCAACACCUUGUUUCUCCAGAGGCAAUAGAUUUUCUUGAUAAACUCCUGCGAUACGUUUAUCAGGAUAGGCUCACUGCACGAGAAGCAAUGGUAUAUCCAUAUUUUCUUCAAGUAAGAGCAGCAGAGAAUAGUUGGUUGCGGAUCCAGUAA